ACUCCUAAGCCUACUCCUCAGCACGAAUAGAAACAAACCUUAUCUCGUCAGCUCAGCCUGCUUGUGUUUCAAAAUGGCAGAGGCCAUGGACUCGAUCAGUUGUUUAAUCUGUUUGGAGAUACUGAAGGAUCCAGUGACUAUUCCCUGUGGACACAGCUACUGUAUGGACUGUAUUAAAGGCUACUGGGAUCAGGAUGUCCAGAAGCUUCUCUGCAGCUGCCCCCAGUGCAGACAGACCUUCACCCCAAGGCCCGUUCUGAACAAAAACACUAUCAUGGCAGAAUUGGUGGAAACAAUGACAGAAAUGAAGAUGCAGAAGGAGAGACUCAAGCACUGUGCACAGGCAGCAGUGGAGGACAGUGAGGAGCUGUCAAAGAUGAAGGUUGUUUCACCUCCUGAACCCAAUACCAGAGAUGAGUUCUUGAAAUAUUCCUGCCAGCUCACAUUGGACCCCAACACAGCUAAUAGAUAUCUGCAUCUGUCUGAGGGGAACAGGAAGCUGACCAGGAGUGAAAAUGCUGAGUCCUAUCUUCACCAUCCAGACAGAUUUAACUUCUAUUGCCAGCUGUUGUGUAAAGAAGCUUUGUCUGGAACCUGCUACUGGGAGGUAGAAAGGAGUGGGAGCAAGUGUAAAGUUGCCGUGUCUUAUAAAGGGAUCGGCAGGAUAGGAAACGGAGUGGAUGUUAGCUUUGGACGCAAUUAUCAGUCCUGGACUUUGGUCUGUGAUCCGUCUAGCUGCUCUUUCAGGCACAAUAAUAUCAGUACUGAUAUCCUUACCCCCUGCUCCUCCAGAAUAGGAGUGUACCUGAACCACAAGGCAGGAACUCUGUCCUUCUACAGUGUCUCUGACACAAUGACCCUCCUCCACAGAGUCCAGACCACAUUCACUCAGCCCCUCUACCCUGGAUUCUGGGUUGGUCCUGGUUAUAGAUCAUCUCUGAAGAUAAUGACACCAAUGUAGUAAAUAAACAUAACGUUUUAUCUACACUCAUUGACUUUCAGUGUGUUCAUAAAUAUCAUACAAUCUUUUUCAGCCUGACACAAUAACAUAAUCAUUUUAUGACAACAGUAAUACAAUCUACUAGUGAGUGCACUAUUGAGAAGAUACAGUCCAUUUCACUCAAAGGGAUUUACUCUGUUAGACAUCAGCUUUACACAAGCUCCAUUGACAAUGAGUUGUUUGCAUUGUUUGUUGAAAUAAAUUAUAUGCAAUCUGAUGUA